GUGUUAUUUCAGCAUGAGGAACCAAUUUGUUUUGCUGGGAAUUCUGAUGUUGGCUGUCUCACUUGUGACCACGUACACCAUAGUGGAUGAGCCAGCAUUAGAUCCCAUGGACGACUACGUGGAAUCUUACGGGCCGCCACGCUACUACAUCAAGCGUGGAAUCCGUCGAAUGCGCAUGGGAAAACGGUCUUCGCCGAGAUCACAGAAAUCCGACGAUGCCACGUACAGCGUGAUGUAGGCACAGAAAGCAAACUGGUCUCUAACACAUUGUGACGUAAUAAACUGUUUAGCAGUAGCUUCGCUGUCAUUUCUACCUAAUCGCACAUGCAUAAAUUUAUGGAUUACAA